GUUGUGUUAUUAACCUGAGAUAUAUAUUACAGCGCCGCCCUCAGCCUGUAACUUGUGUCAACACUAAGUUUACUCGUGUUUGUUUGAUGUCAGAUAUCAUCAGGUGUAUUUAUUUUUAAUUUGAUGUUCACAGUAUUAGUAACUGCCGAUUGUUUUAUUGGUCACCUGCGGGUACCGGUAUGAGAUCUUGUUAAAAUCACGCACUUGCUAAACACGACUUGACAAGCUUCCCAUGAUGUCGAUGAAUGUGAAUCGACGGAAAAGUCGUCAAAACUCUGGGCCAUCUGUCAGUAGAAAUAACAACAGAACUAGAGGCUAUGACAAAAAUAUAGCAUUUGAUGGAAUUUACUCGAAUCCCAGAUUCUCGCAUCUUCUUGCCUCUCUCGUUGGUUGUGUUGUUCAGUUACAAGUAAAGAAUGGUGGUGUGUAUGAUGGUAUUCUCAAAACAAACAGUCCUAAGAUGGACGUGGUGUUAGAAAUGGCCCACAAACAUGAAGAGAGUAGUAACAACAACACCAAUAAUACAACUCCUUCCAAGGAUAGACUGAUUGAAAAAGUCAUCUUCAACAUGUCAGAUAUUCUCUCUAUCACCUCUGUGGAUGUUGAUCUAGAUUAUGCUGUUAAAGAUACAUUUACAGACUCAGCAAUAAGCAAAUGCAAUAGCAAUCACUCAGAGGCAGAUUUGAAAGUGUUGCAGCCUUGGGAAGGGGGAGAAGGGGAGGAGCUAGGAGGAUUAGAGAGAGAGCCCACUAAUGGAUGGGAUCCAAAUGAAAUGUUCCGAACAAACGAAGAAAAAUUCAAUGUACAGUCAAAGUAUGAUGAUAGCUUAACACAGUAUACGACACCCCUUGAGAAGAGAGAUACCAAGGAGUUCAGGAAUCGUGAAGAAGAGGCUGAGAGACUAGCCAAUGAAAUCGAGAAGAGUGAGCAGUACAAGCAGCACAUCUCACUAGAGAAUGGGGAUGGUGACGAGGAGGAAAAGUUUAGUGCUGUCAAAAGGACGAAUGAAAAUAAUACUAAUAUGCUGAGUUCUGGAAACUCUGGAAAGUACAUCCCCCCGAACAAACGCUCUGGAAUGCAGGGGAACAGGGGUCGAGGGGGUUACUCAUCGAACCAGCGACCUCAGAGUCAAAUUCCACCACGGUUACAAAAUCUUCAUCACCACCAUCCGCAUAACUUCCAUCCGAAUCCGAAUCACUCCUCCCCUCCCCACCACCACCACCCCCCUCAUCAUCAGACCUCGUCAGAGGAGCCAAGACUCAAUGGAUUGGCCGAUAAAGAUGAAAGAGACAGGAGGUCAGAAGAAAGGAAAGCAGAUGAUCGUGUGGAGAGGGACAAACGACAAGAGGACCGACGUCCUGAAGAAAAGAGAAGUGAUAUAGACACUAAUGUGAAAUCUAGUCUUAAACAAGAACCGGUGACUCCACAUGUAGCCCCUGAGAAACCUGAUCCUGUUCCCCACACGUCUCCUGUACCCAUAAAGCCUGACAGGAGGAGCUCAGCUCACAGAAAUCGUACAGAUGUUCUUAAUGACCUGAAGGAUUUUAAAAAAAAUUUCAAAGUCAGUUUUGAUGGAAAGAAAGAGGAUCAUAAGGAGACAGUAGAAGCCAAGCCAGAAGACAUUGUUGUACAUGAAGCCCCUGCUGCUGCUGUCUCUGCUCCACCUGCUGCCCCUACAGAAGAGCCCCCAGCCCAGCCUGCAGCAGAGGAAACUCCUGUUACUGAAAAUAAGUCAGCUGAGCCACAGAAUGCAACAGAGAAGGAUGACAUUACAAAAAGGUCAACCCUGAAUCCCUUGGCAAAAGAAUUUGUGAUGGGGAAGGGAAGGGAACAGCAGGUGCCUACUCCUCCUCAGAGGCCUCAGACCCAGAGUCCAGUAAACCCGGGCAUGAUGCAGCAGAUCUCUCAGCCUAUGCCUCAUCCUUAUAUGCCAACAUACACUGUGAUGCCUCCCACAGUGGUCAACCAAGCACCCCAGCCUUCUCCUCAAAACUUCAAGACGGUCAAAAGAGCUGUGGUUUCUGUUGGUCCCAGGAAUGAUCUGACUGCUGCCCAGGCUGCUACUGGACAGCCUUUAUUUAACCAAGCCACCGUACAGGCCCAGCAACCUUACAUACCAUACUUCCAUAACUAUCAGGCAGUGAUGCCUAUGCCAGCAGCCACGGGGAGAAUGGUUACACCGACAUCUAUGCCUAUGGUGCCUACUUCACAUGGUGCUCAGUCCAGUCAAUCACACCAACAUUCAACAAUAUUUAUGCCUGGUCAAGCUCAACCAAUGCCAGCUCACCUUCCAGCUGCUCAGUUUCCGUACCCAGCCCACAUGCCCAUGGCAACAAACAAUAUGGGCAGUCAAGCUAAUCAACAAGGAGGGCAACCUCAACCUAUAACACACCCAGCUCCUAGUCCAGUACAACAGCAUGGAAACUCUCAAACACAUCAACAGGGGCGGCCACCAAACUCCGGCACACCCCAGCCAGCAGGAGGACCUUAUCCACACAUGGCACCCACUAACAUCCAGGGACAUCCGCCAUUGAUCCCCAGUCCGCAGAAUCAGUCUCCACAAACCAUGCACAAUCCUUAUCCGUAUGUCUCCCAGCACCACAUCUUCCAGCAGGGCACCACAGGCCAGCAUUACACACAGCAACACAUGCCAACCAGUGGCAACCAGUCAAUGCAUGCAGGGCCCUCCUCUCAGCUGGGCCAUGGGGCACAGAUUGUGGUCAUGCCUAGUCCCCAGCCUGGACAAGUGCAGCCUCAUCAUGCACACAACCAACAGUUUCAACAACACAUGGGAGGUCCCAACCAACAACACAUGAUGCAACCAACAGGAAUGCCUGCAGGGUAUCAAGGAUCUAAUCCUUCUACUAAUGUUGUCCACCAGUUUGUUCCACAAGUUGCAAGUGGUCCUCCACCUGUGGCGACAGUGCCACCAUAUCAACAAAACCAUUAAAAAUGGAGAAUUUUAGAAAAAAUAAGAUACUUCUGUUUUCCUCUCUUCUGAUUUCUAAACUCAAGGCCAAAAAAGUAAUUGUGCCAGCUCUUAAAAGAGGACCUGAUAAAUUAAAAUAGAUUUUUGACAUGUUCCCCGAGAAGUGUUCACAGUUUCCAGCUUAGAUAGUGUGUGAAAGUGUGAGAGAGAGAAGUUACAAGACGCAUAUAAUGUGAUAUCAGUUCUUAAAAGUGUUUGCAGGACAGCAAACUGAUUUUAUUACUAAAGAACAGCCCAAGUUGACUUUUUGUAGAAUAAAAGUUAAAAAAAAAAACACAAAAAAUAAAAAAAAAACUACUGAAAU